GUGGUGCUUUUCUUUUGACAGACAGAACAUACAGAAGGAACAAAAGUGGCAAAAGUUACAAAAUGACAUAUGAUUAGUUUAUCACUGUUAUUAUAACAAAUAAACUGAAAUAAACAAACAAAUGUCAAAUCAAGGUCCACAACAGUGAGAGAUUGACUCAUCAUAGAUCUAUAAAGCAAAUAUCUCCUAGUUUAAAAAGUGUUAAAAGAAGCAACUCUGCCUUAUCACGUAGCAGAAGCAAGCUUUUUAUAAAGUACUCUUUAAUUCUAAUGGAGUAUGACAAUGACGAUAAUACCUGGCGAAGACAGUCUUUGCCGAAGACUUCGCGUUCAGGCUGCUGUCAGAUCCCCAAGAGAUCCACGACGGUGGCUGUAGUAGUCCUGGGCUUGGCCGUACUGAGCUGCCUGCUUGGAUACUGCGUGCUCAGUGAAACUCUACCAUACGAAUCCAAAACAUUGCGGCUUGUUGUUAUUUUUUUCCGGCAUGGAGCCCGCACACCCACUCACACAUAUAAAAGUGAUCCCUUCAAGAAUUACCAGUGGCCUGAUGGAUUGGGGAGUCUUACAAAUGUGGGAAAACUUCAACUCUAUGAAUUAGGAAAGAAAUACAGGAGCUACUACGCCAAUUUUAUCCCAGAGGAAUAUUAUGAGAAGGAUGUAUACAUACGUAGCAGCGACAAAUCCCGGUGCAUGAUGAGUGCAUACACCUUCCUGGCAGGGUUGUACCCGCCCACUGAGCGUCAGAUGUGGCAUCCUGAGAUUCCUUGGCAACCCAUACCUGUGCACUCUCUUCCCAGGGAAUUGGAUAAUAUAGUAGCUGGCUCAAAGAAAUGUAAACUUUUCACAGAGAUGUAUGAAGAACUUAAAACUGAAAAGGAUUUGGAGCCAAGGUUCAGUGAACUCUUCGAUUACUUGUCUAAGUAUACUAACCAGAGCAUGCGGAGUGUUUUGGACGUAGACUUUUUGUACAGUUCAAUGCUAGCACAGCAAGAAGCCGGCCUCAAGCUGCCUGAGUGGACUAAGAAUGUGUUUCCUAACAAAAUGCGUACACCUUUCAUGCUCAGCUUAGCCCUUUUGUCUUAUAACGAGUCAUUGCACAGGUUGCAAGUAGGCCCACUUCUAGGUGAAAUACGUCAGCAUUUCAAGGAGGCCGAGAGCCACGAGAACACGGACCGCACACUCUACCUGUACUCGGGGCACGACGUCAACGUGGUGUCGCUGUGGCGCGCGCUCGGCCACGAGGAACUGUUGGAGCCCGAGUACGGUGCCAGCAUCGUGCUGGAAUUGCAUGAAGAAGUGGAGCAAGAGAGCUUCUUUGUUAAGGCCUUUUAUCGCAAUAAUACUAAAGUGGAGGUGCCAAUGGAACUGAGACUGCCAUUCUGUGAUGACCCUUGUCCAUACCCGAUGUUCAUCAAACAUUUGGACAAGUUGGUUCCAGAGGAUUGGGAGGCGGAGUGUCAAAAUACAACAUAAAUGUUCACAAGUAUCAUAGUUGAAUGUUAUGGAAAGGUUCCAUCAGUGUUUUAACAUGUAUAGUGUAUUCUUCACUACAUACAGGGUGACAUUUAAAACAACUGCAUCCUUUUAAACAUAGACUAUACCCAUGCUUCUGAGCCGUUUGAGCCUAUUUUUAUUUAAAUUAAACGUCAUCAUUUUCACAUUUAAAAACCCCUCAAAAACUACGUCACACGCUUUAUUAAAGACCAAUACUACAAAAAGAAAUUAAAACUAAACAUGUAAAUAAAUGUCUGAAAAAUAAAUUAUUUUUCUAGUAUCAAGAUCAAGUAAAGUACAGAGAUGUCGAGAUCGCUCAGCUGAAUGAAUUGUGUUGUUGACCUCUGAAUCUUACGCGUCGCUUUCCGCCGGCCGGGGUGAUAUUACGUAUUUAGGAUCAUGGAUUUUGAUACUUUUAUUUUUUUUCGUACUUUCUGAAAUAUGAACCGAUAUUUUUCUUUUAACGUUUUUAAAUAUCCUUUAGAUGAGUACACUUAACAGUUAAAUUUAUGCAGUUGAAUUAAAAGUCACCCUGUAUAUUUUUAUUCUCCACCACAAAUUAAAUAUGUAUUCUGAAUUAUACAUUUAUAAAUACUAGAUAUUUAUUUUCUUAUUAAACAUAAGCUAACUCUCUUCGGUGGAAUUAAGUGAAGCAUUCUCCAUUCAUCUCUUUUCUACGUUAAUUUGUAUUUACCAUAUUUUUUGGUAUGUUGUAACGUUUAUAUAUCUACUAUUUAUUUUUUUAUGCUUUAUAUUUUGAAAUUGCAUUAAAAUUCAUUCAAUACUUGUGAUUUGUUGAAAUGAGAAGGUCAGAGCUAGAUGGAACAUCUUUUAUUGCAGUGGUAUUUAAGAUUAUAGUAGGGUGUAUAAGAAAUAAAAAAAUAUUAAUUAAAAUUUAUUAUAUGUAUAUUAAAGCCAAGUUGUUAAAUGUGUCAAUAAGUGUUAUUUGUUAGUAGUUGUGAAUGAUGUAUGGUAUGUUAGAUUGUAUAUUUGCUCAGAGUCAGUGACAUACAAAACCAAUCGGCUUAUAUUGUGGUUGUAUUGAUUUUUACUCGGCCGAUUGCUUUGUUGUGACAAAUCCAAUAUAAUUUCUUUGGAUAAAUAUUGAGAUUAAUAAAUAUUUCGUAAAUUAAUCAUAUGUACGUAAUUGGAAAAUUGUGAUUAAAAUAAAAUUUUGUAGAUAUAUUUUACACAAAAUUUUACAAACACGAAUAUAUAUAAAUCUCUUAAAUUUAUACGUUAACCCGUAAUAAAUAUUUUGAAGUGCAAUCCAAUGCCUGUUGGUAUAUUUAAUUAAGGAAGAAAUGCUAAUAAAUAUAGUAACUGUAUUUUGAUAUUAUUUCUACUCAAAGUAUAUUUUAGUUUGGUUUCACACUUGUAAGUUGUUCAUAAUAAAUAGGAUUAUAUUUACUUAGCCACUUUAAAUAUAUACUGUAGUUUUAAACUUUCACGCUAUAUUUUUGAAAAGUCGAGUUACCAAGAAAUAUAUUUAGAUUAUUGUCAACAGAAUUAUACUGCCAUUCACGUAUGAAAAUCUUUUGAUACUCUAUUCCAUAUACAUAUAACAUUUGUUUUUUAUUAUUUGUUGACUAGAUGCACUAUUCUCGUUGAUUACUCUGAAUAAUAUUUAUAUUUUCAGAUUGAAUAUUAUUCCUAUGGAUAUUAUAAAAUAAAUAUAUUUUACACUAAAAUAUUAAUUGGGUUGAUCUGAUGAAAUAAAGGAAACUACACAUUCUAGUAAGUCGCCGGUACGUCGCUUAAGAAACAAUCUCAAAGCGUGGUCAGUUGCCUGUAGGUACCUAUAGAGAAAAAUGUUGUUUUUUGUGGUAAUAAAUAUAUUUUAUGUGAG